CAAUGACUGUCAACAAGCGAACAGGAUACGUCAAGUGAAAGAAAACGAAUGCUAAUGUUGUUUAACCUUUUUCGCAUUUAUUUUUGUUUAUAUCCUUCCUAACAUACCACUAUUUAUAUAUUCCACAGUAACGUCUUCAGUGAAAAUGUAAAACAGUACGACAACAACAAAACGUGUGGGAUAAGCUACAAUCGUAAGAGAAACGGAUACCUUCGCUACUAUGGCCCCCGUACCUUUAGAGGGGCUCCAGACGCCUGUGGCGAACAGUGUGGCCCAGGGUGGACUUGGCGGACCGCAAGAGGGCAAUAGAGGAGGCUCCAUGUCGCUCGCAAUGCUUAUUGACUUCAUCGUCCAAAGGACCUACCAUGAACUCACCGUUCUGGCUGAACUGCUUCCAAGAAAAACAGACAUGGAAAGGAAGAUUGAAAUCUACAAUUUUGCAACAAGAACUAGGCAGCUUUUUGUUAGACUGUUAGCUUUGGUGAAAUGGGCAAACAGUGCUUCAAAAGUAGAGAAAUCUGCGCGUAUAAUGAACUUCCUGGACAAGCAAUCCCUGCUUUUCGUGGAAACGGCAGACAUGUUGGCGCGAAUGGCGCGCGAAUCGCUGGUACAGGCACGUUUGCCGAAUUUCCACAUUCCAGCAGCGGUGGAGGUGCUGACGACAGGUACUUAUGCGAGGUUGCCAGCUUGCAUCAGGGAGAAGAUUGUGCCUCCGGACCCUAUAACGCCAGCGGAGAAGAGGAGUACGUUACUUAGGUUGAAUCAAGUCAUCCAGCACAGGCUGGUGACUGGGAAUUUGUUGGCGCAGAUGAAGAAUUUGAAGAUUGAAAAUGGCAGAGUGACAUUUCAUGUACCACACGAAUUUGAAGUGUCAUUAACAGUCAUGGGUGAUGGCCCCAAUAUCCCAUGGAGGCUACUGGAAAUUGACAUAUUGGUUGAAGACAAAGAAACAGGAGAUGGCAAAGCCUUAGUUCACUCUCUACAAGUCCAAUACAUCCAUCAAUUGAUCCAAAGCAGACUGGUGGAUAAUCCUCAACCUCUAACAGAAGUUUACAAUUGCCUGCAUUUUUUCUGCCAAUCUCUUCAACUGGAGGUGCUCUAUUCUCAAACUUUGAGACUGAUGAGAGAUCGUUUAGACGAACAUAUACACGUGGACGAAUAUAUACCUGGGAAAUGUUUGACUGUCUCGUACUGGAGGGAAUUGACUAUGAAAGGCAAAGAAAAUGCUAAUAAGGACUUAAGGUCAGAAUUGGGCUAUAAACUGUCAGUUCAAGUGGACUCGCAUGACCCAGCAAGACCUUUGGCUGUGAUACAUGUACCGUCGUUAGGCAGUAAGGAGGAUGAAAUAGCCGAUGGUGCUAUAAGAUCUGAAGUAUUAUCGAUGGAAAGGCUAUUGGUUCAUACUAUAUAUGUGAGGACAAGAAGUAGGCUUAAUGACAUUAAGUUGGAGUUGCAGGGAUUAUUGAAGGAUACCGAAUGCAAUUUGCAGGGAUCACCUGCGAUUCUGUCUGUGGCGAUACUCCAACCCUGCCUAAGGGCUGAACAAUUACUGAUAACUGUAGAUACGCACACAGGCAUGUUGCAGUGUCAUGUACCCCAGUAUGAUCCGCCUCUGAUACCGGAGUUGAACAAUGUUUUGAAUGGUGAUCACACUAGGUUGACCAUGUUGAUUGCAGAGUUAAGGUACUGGAUUACACAAAGAAGGUGUGAGAAAACGUUGCAACAUCUACCAGCUACAGCUUAUGAAAGACUACCAUUAUUGCAUCAACAAGAUCAUCCUAUCAACAAAAUCGGAAAACACAAAAUGUAUGUUCAACUGCACAGGCAUCCUAACGUAGUACUGAUAGUGGAAUUGAAAGAAAAAGAAAACAGUCCAUGCGAGAUCGACUGCGCGUUCUACAUGACAGUGGUGAAGCAUUCUAGUUUUGAGGAUAAUCCUGAUGAUGACAGCAUUGAAACUGAGAUACCAAAAGUGUAUCUGAAAAUUCAGACCCUCAUAGAGUUUGACACUUUCGUCUCCACGCAUGGACCUUUCACCAGCAUAGAUGGAUCUUGUGAUGGCGAUCAUACUGAAGCAGGAAGUCUAAAACGGAAAGGUGGUUCAAAACCAGAGUCUGCCACCAGGAGAUCAAAACAUCCUGCUUAUUUCAUAGCGGAGUUAGCCCAUGUAGUAGCAGUGUGUGAUGAAAGACUGCCCUAUGUCAGUCUUUCCAGUGAACUGACAAAACGAAAUGUGUUCCACCAAGGUGUGCAAGUAGAGGCCAAUGCCACUGGUCUAGUUUUAAAACUAAUCCAACUUCCACCGCCUACAAAAGAGAUAGGAAUAUCCCAAGCUUGGCAUGCAUUGUUAAAAAGGCUGCUUUCAGUAUCAAUAAGGGCUUUAAGCAAAGGAGUAUCGAAAAGUUGGAUUGUGGAGUUCGUUUUUUAUUCUACUCCUCUGUCUAGUACCCAUCCUAAAGAACAAGGUUCCAGGCGCCCUAUAUAUUUUCAGUAUGACAUGGCCACUGUUGAAAACACUUCAAAGACUGUUGAUGCUUUGAUCUCAGACUGGAAUCAGAUUGUUCAUCUCUAUACUCUUGUACAUGAUCUCAGUGAAUAUUUAAAAACCGAUAAAUACAGCUUCCUGGCGAACAUGUUCCUGAUAAAAUCCUACAAUUACAACAAGCUGGUGCUGUGUUACGGGCCCGACAAGGGCGCAAUGGUCUCAGUCACGUGGAACGCUACAGAACGAGCCUUUAGAUUAGCGUUUGGAGCUGCAAAUAACGCCCUAAAUGCUCAUUCGUUGAUCGAGGAGCAACUGGAGAGUCACCUCAAUGAACAUAGGAACUUAGCGCAGGUGAUACAGUUGUUGCAUGAGACGUACGAGCCGUUGUUGUCCAUAAGCAAGCUGCCGACCAGUCCGCAAUUGGGAGUACACAAUAAUAGACCUCAGGUACCCGUCCAAACCUUCACUAUUAUGGCGCAAUCCUCUACUUUAAUUCGUCUGGCAUAUCAGGGGAUGUAUUGUUUGGAAUUGAGAAUAAGAGGUGGAGGACUUGUAUCUCUCAGAGAUGGAGCAUAUAGUAGAUUUGAUAGGAGCAAUGUGGUUGAUGUGUUUUGGCCAACUCAAGGCUUAAAGACAUUCCUCUCUAAAUAUGUGGAUGAAUCAGCUGUGUUUAGGAGAAGAUCUCAAUCAGAGGAUGAUAAUCCUCCUUCGCCGAUGGAGGUUGAAGGCAGCGGAUUUUUGAGUCACCAUCGUAGCGGUCCCCAAUCCCCAGCCUCCAACCAGCAAUCAUCCCAAUCAAACCGCUCCCAAACCGACUCGACAGGCCUUCGUUUCCAUCCACCUCUAACCCCACCAUCCAGUUCCGCCCCACACACACCUGCUUCUCCUCAUACAGUAACAGGCACAGGAGCACCAUCCACCCCGUUUGGACUGCAACCAUCUCCUAUGGCGCACCCCAGCCCGGGGGUGGCGAAUUCGCCGUUGAAUCCGCAAUUGGCUAGCCCAGGCGGGGGGUUGUUGAGUAACUCGUCACCUGGACCGCAGCAGCAACAGCAGGGGAUGCCGGGGCAUUCACCUGUGAGCAGCUAUAUGCCGUCUGGUCACCCAGAUAGCAGUCCAUUCGCCUCACAAUCGCUGUCAUCUCCAGCUGCUUCCAAUUGGCCAGGAUCCCCAGGUAUGCCAAGGCCUUCACCUGCAAGACCUGGGCAGUCUCCAGGAGGUCAUCCCAUAAUGCACAGUCCACAACAGCAGGAUGGAUCUGGCAGGCUUGGUAUAGGAGGUCAUUUAUCCAGAGUGUUACCCCAGAGAUCAUGGGCAGGGGCAGUACCAACCUUAUUAACCCACGAAGCAUUGGAAAUUCUUUGCUGUCCCGCGGUACAUCCUCAAGGACUACCUGGACCUGAAUUGGCACCGUUAGAAAGGUUCCUCGGUUGUGUUUUUAUGAGAAGACAACUCCAGAGGUUUAUACAGAAUGAGAACUACUUGACGUCCAUUCCAAACACAGAACCUGGAGUAAUUCUCUUUAGGGUAGCAGAUAUGCAGUGUCGUAUUGGAAUGAACCCUCAGCAUUUGCAAAGUCUGCACCUGAAAAUCACCCCACUUGCGGAACACAAGGACGUUUCGUCACAAGAAGAAAUUCAGAUCUUGGAGAAAUUCUUCGACUGCCGAGCCGCCGCCCCGCCUUACAAACCUCAGUCGAUGUUUGCCUUUUGCAAUGCGCUGAACGCACCUCCGAACGUGCUACGUGAUCUGGUGCAAAUAAUGCGCGUUGAGUUGGCUCCAGGGGCGUUGCAACAGCUGGGCGCAAAAUGGGCGGCCAGGUGGUUGCUGAGAGUGCCGCCCGCCGCGCCACCUAUCGUACCUGUCGGCAUGACGGGAGUGCUGUUGUUCAAGGGGAAGAUUGUGUUUUUCUUGCAAAUUACUCGUCUGCAACCCGUCCAAUACCCAGCUUCGCCGGCUACAGAGCCCACAACACUAGUAUUGCCGUUGAUCUACGACAUUGGAUCUAAUGCGACUCUGCUGGUGGAGAAGCGUGAAUCUGUGGUCAGUCCCGCCAUGGCAGCUGCUCAGCAACUACUCAAACAUUUUGGGCAAUAUCAGGCUGGUUCUGCGGAGUGCAGCAUAUGGCCGGCAGUGAGGGAGCUGUUGGUGAAUUUGACGCUACCUUCUGAACCUCCGCAAUCGAGCCCUGUUGGAGGAGCCCCACCCCAACCUCAGCAGCAACCUGGACCUCCUGGACCACCACAAGGGGCACCCCAACAACCUCAACAAGCUUCCGCGACCGACUUUGACAGAACUGAGCCACAUUUGAUAUGAUCGUCCCACACUUGUAAAAAGCAGUCACUCGUAUAACAUAUCCAGUCCCCAGCAAUGCAAAUGUCGGGUCAGGGUCAACCUGGAUAUUCAGUGAACAUGCCAAUGGGCAUGAUGGGGCCACAAUAAAGACGUAUCACAUUGUUUUGUAAAUAUUUAUUUUUUAUGUUGUUUGUUUACUAUGUAAGCCAAGCUGUGAAUAAAUCUUUUACAAUACUUA